AAGUCAGCCUCGAGCACGCGGCCAGGGCGCAGUCCUCCGCGAGUCGUCGAGACCGUCGCAGGUGUUGCAUCGAAUUGUUGGAAACAUAAAACUAGAACUUACUUUUCUUGCCUUUGCCCGCGAGUGGGUGGUGAAAGUGUUGUUCAUCUGUGGGUGAAUUUGAAACUGGAGUGAUAUAUCUGGGUUAAAAGUGAUUCCCGUGAAUUGAAAACAAAAAAAAAAUCGAUGCCAACCUGAGUUUAUUUGUGAUCGUGAAUCCGUGUUUCUCGAGUGCGGUAGAAUUAGAAUUAUUUUCGAUGGAUCCGUUGCUCUUGCAAGUGAGUUUGCUAGAGCAAAUCGACUCUCGUGAGCAGUUGUUCAAUCAGGACUGGUACAGUGUCGGUUGCUGUGGCCACUAUUGGUGCUGGUAGAUGGGAACGUCCAACAAUCCACUCGAUCACCCGGUGCUAUGGAGUGUGCAGCUGAAGCGGGCCCAGGAGAAACGGAUUGCUGACGCAAGUCUGCGCGAUUGGCAGCACCGGAAGCAAAUCGAAAGACAUGCACGUGCCAAAGAACAAGCACAUUUUCCUCUCUUCCAGUACCGAGAAGUAAUGGAGCGUUAUUCGCCCUGGGGUCGCAAGGGAGGUGGUGCCCCCAACGAUACGAUCCGUAUCCGAAACAUUCAGCUGCAGGGACUAUAUCCGGAGUCGAAAAACCCCUCUUCAACUCAAAUUUCGCACGCUGCCCGGCGCCAGGACUUUCGAAAUCCGGUACCAAUGAACCGGACGAAGGGAGUCAGCGCGGGAGGAGGCGGGGCACCGCUGAGAAAUGCCUCGGGACAGAUCGUGACGGGGCUGACGGAUGAUCCGAUUAUCAGUUUCAACGACGCCAACCGCUAUCACGUGGACAAUGAGCUGCGGUAUAGGACAACUCCGGCUCAGAAGCAAACCUAUAAGGCGGAACUGGACAGGAUAGUGCACGAGAAGGAAAACCGACGGAAGACGAGGAGUUCGGACGCGGAUGCAAAAACGAAUGGCGGUCCUUGGGGCAAACCUGGUCCAGGUGGAAAACCAUGGAGACCACCGAAGAACGUCGGCCAAAAUUUUAUGAAGUCGAUGGGUUGGACUACCAAAGAAACAUUACACGAUCUGGAUAUUGAUGUCGUAACCAGGAUGCAGCGUCAACUGGAGGAAGAAAACAAGUACCUGAAAAAGUUCUCCAAUUGUUGCUCGCGGUGUGUAUGCCAAUGCGUUAGUAAUAGUCUAGAUCCAAUACAACCCGGUCCGGGAAGUGCCCAAAAUCCAAGGCCCGUUAUUAGCCCUCCGAAAUAUUUCGUAUCACCACCCGCUACGGCUCCCAGCCAACCAUUAAGGGAAGAGCCGAAUCCUAGCACAGAUAAAAUUACAGACCGACGUGUUCCAAGAUUGUGUCAACAGAAUCAACAGUCAACACCGGGGCGGGCCCCGAUUGUGAAGAAAGGUGUUAGAAUCGCACCAACGCGCAACUGUAUGAUUACGGGAGGCGUUGAGUUGGUCCCACUGUUGGCGAAGCGUCGAUCCCAACAGCGGCCAAUUAGUCUCGGAACGACCGACGUUACCAAGAUCGAUAAGUACAGCUCCAAUGGCAGCAAUUUACACCGUUCGGGGGAUGAAUACCUGCACGAUCUUUGCUACCAGAUGAACCAGAAGCAACGGAAGCUGGAAACAAGCCAGCGGAUAGACUACGAGAGCAGCAAACACCACUUCGACACCUGGUCCACCUUCUGGGGUAGACCGGGCCAUGGAGCACCGCUUCCUCACAAGAACAAGCUUAAUUUGGACAAUCUGCUUUACGCAACCCCACGGUAAAGCGGAAUUUGUACCAUCCCCCCCUAGAAGUGUUGCACCAAAAAGCGUUCAAUUUUGUUCACUUGUGCCGGAACAAGUGAUAGCAAAGUUCAUUUUAUCAAAACCUGUGGUAUGGGUAAAUAACAUGACAACACAGUUUCGAAUAGAUUGUUGCAUUACAUUGAGUCAUGUUAUUGAUAUUUGCUAUUCAUUCAAAUUUAAAAUUGUUACAGCUCAUUCAUCACUAGGAUAAUAAUGAAGCAUAAAUAAGGAAUCACAUUGAUAAAUGAAUAAUAUUGAAUAGAAUACCACGUGAAUCGUGAUUAACUUGAACAAAUUCAUUGAGUUACCGAAAUGCGAGUAUUAAACUUUGUUUCUCAUAAGAAAACAAACGCAAAACGCGAUGAAUCAUAUUUUUCGUUUCUUACAUAUUUAUGAAACACAUAAAUUAUAGAAAGUAGACUUAAACUUCAACGGGCGAAAAUAAGAAUAGCAUAAGAUGUACACUAUAAUCCUGACGCUUCUCUAGAAAUGUAAAGUUUAACUCGAUUGACAUGAACACUGAAAUUAACUGCUAUCUAGCAUAAUAGCGUUAUAGCGACAAUAUAAUUAAUUAUUAAUAAUAUCGUUUAUGCAUUGUAAUGUGAUCGAAAAAAAAUAAUAAUUAAAAACGGGAACACAUAGUUAAAGUGCGCCAACAUCCAACUAAUGUUCGUAGUAGUGAAUCACAGCCAUUAUCAUCACCAAAUCGAGACGCUGAGCAUGAAA